UGGAGUUCCCCACCCAAUUCUUCUGCCAUGACAUAACAAACUCUGGUUUAAAAUAGAUCGUAACAGUAAGCACUGAUUGAACUUGAGCGCUUCAAGGUUCAACAUGGUGUCUCUCAGCCUCUCCUCGCAACAACAACGCUCUUCAAAUCCGCGUUCCACUCCCAUCUCCACUUUCACUUCCCACCUUAGGUACUUUUUUCGCGACCACACCGCAAGACCCACGUCACGAAACGCAAGCAAAACCGCCAAAACGGUGGCCGAUCUCAUCAACUCCAAGCCCUGGUCCGACACCUUGCUCUCUUCUAUCCCCACCCCUCUCUCCAAAACCACCGUCCUCCGAACCCUCCGCCAACUCCACCACCCCUCCAAGGCCCUCUGCUUCUUCAACUGGGCCCACCAAACGGGCUUCCCCCACCAGGCCCAGUCUUACUUCGCCAUGCUCCAGAUCCUGGGCCGCCAGCGGAACCUCAACGCGGCCCGAAACUUCCUCUUCUCCAUCGAGAAAAAGUCCAACGGAACGAUCAAGCUCGAGGCCCGCUUCUUCAAUAGCCUCAUUAGAAGCUACGCCGAAGCGGGCCUCUUCAAAGAGUCCAUGAAACUCUUCCACGCCAUGAAGUUCGUUCCCGUGUCCCCCUCCGUGGUUACCUUCAACACCGUUUUAUCCGUUUUGCUCCGACGGGGUCGCACCAAUAUGGCCAAGGACGUGUAUGAUGAAAUGCUUCGCACGUUUGGCGUUGCUCCGGACACGUGUACCUACAAUGUUUUGAUCAGAGGGUUUUGCAAGAACAACAUGGUUGAUGAAGGGUUUAGGUUCUUCAAGGAGAUGGCGCGUUUCGAUUGCGAUCCGGAUGUUGUUACUUAUAACACGCUUGUUGAUGGUUUGUGCAGAGCGGGGAAGGUGGGGAUUGCAAGGAAUUUGGUGAAUGGUAUGAGCAAGAAAUGCGAGGGUUUGAAAUUGAAUCCUAAUGUUGUUACUUAUACUACUUUGAUUCGAGGGUAUUGUAUGAAGCAAGAAGUUGAUGAGGCAUUGGUUGUUCUUGAAGAGAUGAGUAGUCGGGGCGUUGAGGUGAACAUGGUUACGUAUAAUACUUUGAUCAAAGGGCUUUGUGAGGCAGGCAAAUUGGAUAAGAUGAAGGAUGUUUUGGAACGGAUGAAAGAAGAUGGAGGGUUUAGCCCUGAUACAUUUACCUUUAAUACGAUUAUUCAUUCACAUUGUUGUGCAGGGAAUCUGGAUGAAGCUUUGAAGGUGUUUGAAAACAUGAAAAAGUUUCGGGUCCCGGUGGAUUCGGCCUCGUACAGCACUCUGAUUCGGAGUUUGUGUAAGAAAGGGGACUAUGAUAUGGCAGAGAUGCUGUUCGAUGAGUUGUUUGAGAAGGAAAUUUUGUUAAGCAAGUUUGGCUCUAAGCCGCUUGCUGCUUCUUAUAGUCUUAUUUUUCAGUUUUUGUGUGAAAAUGGGAAGACUAAGAAGGCGGAGAGGGUGAUUCGGCAGCUGAUGAGAAGGGGAACACAAGAUCCCCAAUCAUACCAGACAGUGAUUAUGGGGCACUGUAAAGAAGGUGCAUACGAAAGGGGAUAUGAGCUUUUGGUGUGGAUGCUAAGAAGGGACUUUCUUCCUGAUGUUGAGAUAUAUGAUUAUUUGAUUGAUGGUUUUCUUCAGACGGAUAAGCCUCUGCUUGCAAAAGAGACACUAGAGAAAAUGCUAAAGAGCUCCUAUCAACCGAAAACAUCUACCUGGCAUUCUAUAUUGGCAAAACUUUUGGAAAAGAGUUGUGCUCAUGAGUCUGCCAGUGUUAUUGUCAUGAUGCUGGAGAAAAAUGUUAGACAGAAUAUAAACCUGUCAACUGAGAGUUUACAGCUACUUUUUGGACGUGGACAGCAUGAAAGAGCAUUUGAGAUUAUCGAUUUGAUUUAUAAGAAUGGAUACCGUGUUAAAGUAGAAGAAGUGGUUCAAUUUGUUUGCAAGAGAGGAAAGCUAUCAGAGGCAUGCAAACUGUUGCUUUUUAGUUUGAAAAACCAUCAGAAUGUUGAUACUGAUUUGUGUAAUGAAAUUAUUCUGAACCUUUGUAAAAUUCACAAGGUUUCAGAAGCAUUUAGUUUAUUCUAUGAAUUGGUGGAGCACGGCUUACAUCAGAAGUUGACAUGUCUAAGUGAUCUGAUAGUUGCCUUAGAGGAUGGGGGAAGAAUAGAGGAAGCUGCAUUUAUAUCAAAGAGAAUACCAAGACCAGAGAACUUAGAUGGGAUCUAUGCCAAAUCAUAGCUCUAAGAAGUUCAGGUCUAAUAAAGCGGUGACCAAUGACUUUUCCAGCUUAGGAAAGGUGCAGCACAAGCACCCAAACACCCAAGUAUUUCAUUGACAAGUCAGCGGCAACUGCAACCAAAAAUUACCAUAACACUAAGGGGUUGAUGCACAUGAUGGCAGCUUAUGCAGAUCUAAUGGUGUACUGCUGCAGCUUGCUUGGAUAUGGUGGUGUGUGGUGGCUGCUCAUACAGAUGUGGAUGUCAUAACAGAAUAGUCCUGACGAUUUGGUGAGUCUGAUAUAUAUGACAUAUUUUGCUGAUUCAGAGUCAUGUAAACUUCAGUGGAUUUUUAUGUACUUGUUGGCUGAAAUCGGUCUUUCAAUAGUGAGAAAUAGACAUCUUUGAUUAAUUAUUGAUCAUGGAUGUAAUGCGUAAUUGCUAACAGUAAUAUCUUACAUUAGGCUGGUUCCUUUGCCUUUUACUUAUUAUUAGGUUUGACCCAAGUGUUAGAAGAACUACAUUUUCAUAGGUUGGACAUCUGCCAGUCUGUUCUCUGUUUUGCCUGAUGUAUGAGAUUCUGGGGCCCGAAGUUUAGUUUGUUUAACUGAAUCUGCACCGAAUUCUAUGUUAACUGUGAACAUGAAAACUGAGGACAUCAAUCUCAACAUUGCUCUUCCCCAAGUUCUAUUCGUGAUGGACUCAUUCUGUAUGGAUGAAAAGCAAUGAGAUUUGCUGCACAGUUUGUGAACUAGUGAUACCAGCUUAUAGCGUGGAAUCUUGUUUCCCUGAGGCACAUUCAAACAAUAUAUUAAUCGGUGAAGAAAAUUUGUGUCUAGGUAUGUUGAAAGGGGUAAAGAAUGUUGAACUGAAUGUAUGAAAAAUCUUCACUGGGUUAUCAUUAGACUAGGGUAUUGACAUUUUUUACUUAAAUUUUACUUUUAGACCAUGAUAUAUCUGAAACUUAGGCAACAGUCUGAUACUAUUUUCUACUUUUAGAUGCUUAGGUCUAUCUGAUGGAAAUAUGUCAAGACUAAGAAAAUCAAGAGGUGAUACAUUAAAGGAACCAAGAGGAAUGAGAUGAUUUUGAAAACCUUUUAAAUGUUUGUAAAUGUAGUAGUUAUUUGUAUAGGUUUAUUUUGUCUUUGUAUUUGUGAGACACUUUGUUUCCUUUUUAUAGAUCAUUGUAUAAUGAAUUUAGAGUAGGUUCUUUGAAGACUUUUACUCCAUUUGACCUUGUAUUAAAGGUCAUUCAUUUUUACUUUUUUAGUCGUAGAAGUGGGAUGACAAAUAGCAAGGCUUGAAGGUGUGUUUAGCAAUUGGGCCAAGAUUGAGCCAAGACAAAAUUUUACAUAUUAAAUUUGUUUUGCUCCAUAUUUUUUCAAGGAUUUGAUUUAACUAGGUCUCACCAUUUUUUGAUAGACCUAAUUAAACCAAAUCAACAAUUUUUGAAACGGACCAAGUGAGCAAACAAGCCCAAGGCCGCCUAGCCUACUUCCUUGGCCGAACUUGUUUCUACCUUUGGAGUCUUUGCGAAGCUUGUGCUACAAACUUCUAACUUAGCUUGCUUUUCAAGCAAGCUAAGAUAGAAGCUUGCUCCACAAGCCUCCUAAACUAAGGUGGACGGUCAAGCUAAGCCUACCAUGGUUCACUUGAACCAUGGUUAAGCUUAACUUCCUCCACAAGCUACAUACUUCUAUAUAUUUUUAAACCUCUCAUUUGUACAUACUUUGGAUAUAUAAAAUCAAAAUUUUCUCUUAAAAUUUUCUCUUCCAAAGCCUCUCAAAUCCGUGGAGAAGUUCUCUCUACCUAGGACCUUCACAAAGGAGUUCCUCCUUUGUGCCUUGGUUCCUUAAUCUUCUUGCUUCCUUGAGAAGUAACCGAGCAUUCCUUGUUGCAUCUUCCAUCAAUGGAGUUCUCACAUUGCUUCUGCCAUUAAAGAGUCUACCUCAAGAGAAGAAAGACUUGAAGAUGGAGUCUAGAAGAAGAUAUCUAUCACUUCUUCCAUUUGGUUCUAUCAUUUUUGGUAUCUAGAGCCUUGGUGCUCUUGAGGUUAUGUUUUCUUUUCUCUAAAAUUGUUUCCGUCUUGUCUACAUCUUCCUUUAAAUGUCUUGAUUGUGUUUGUUGUAAGGAUCUAGUUUUUCCACAUAUUUUUGAUGGAUCCACAUGUCACAUUAAUUGAUUGAUUCAUUAGUCUUGCUUGUUCCUUUGUUAUUGAAUCAAUUUCGGUUUUACCUUAGGUUUCUUUGUGCUUGUGCUUUUUAAUUUUGUUUGAGUCUUGCCUAUGCCAUAAAAAUGAAUCCGUGAUUGGAUAUUAAUAUUGAAUAACAUGUGUUUUGGUUUUUAAUCAUGUGUUUUAUCUAGAGUCGUGUGUAGUCCUUUACAUGUCAUUAAUUCCUAGACUAGCUUGUUGAACCUUUGAUUUUUGUAUUGUUUUGUGUCAAUAUUUGGUUUGGUUUUGCUUUUUAAUCUUCUAGCUGACCUAUAUGUGCUUUUAUUUUACAUAAUUGAGUUCUUAAUUUGCUAUUAGUUCUAACAAAUUUCUUAGAGUUAGGUUUCUUUUAUGUCUUCUAAAAGUUUGUCAAAAAUUGCCUAAACUACUACUUGCUUCCCUAGGUUUUCCUUGAAUCUCUUGUGUGGCUGAAACUUGUGCUUAUUUUGAAGUGUCUAAAACAGAGGUAUUAAGUGUCUCAAAGUGUAAGAAAAUUUAAAGAAAAGUGUGCUUAAAAAUUGUUUGAAGUUUGUGCAAAAAAAAUUGUGAGCACUAGUAUCACAAGACACUUGUAUACCUCUUUGUUAUUAAAAUGUUUGGCAGCAAUUUUCCUUAUUAAAUCCGAGACUCUCUCAUUGUUUUAAAAGGCAUUAACUCCUGUUUGUGUGAAAGACAAAGAAAAGAAAAAAGAUACAAAAGAAAUUACAAAAGAAAGAAUACAAGAAAAAACCAAAGGAGUAGAAAAUUUUGCUAUAUAUUGCUCUCGGUUUUUGCUUAUUGUUGCAUCUUAGAUUUUAAUUAAGCAACCUGUGAGCGACCUGAUUCAUUAAGCAUGAACAGGUGUCAAAAAAAAGUUUCAAUGCAGAGGUUCAAUGGAGAAGAAGAAAGCAGAACACAAAUACAUAAACGAAUAAAACCUCAAAUAGAGAUUACAAUCUUCUCAAGGAGCCAACCCCAAGGGUUUUAGCCUUCCAUUCAUCAGAAAUGAAAACGAAAAUGCAAGGAAGAAGGAGAAGAAAAUGAAACUAAUAAUCUGUAUUCCUUCAACAAAAA